CUCGGUUGUGGAAAUCAGAAAGGCACAUUACGUUUUUCUGUCUCUUUGAAAAUGAUACUAUAGGCUAAACAAUGGCGCACACCUGAAACGAUGUCUUGUAUGUGGACUGGGUUGAAUUUGUCCUCCUCCGUUGUAUUAUCACAAUCCCAGUCUCCCACGUUUGUAAUUACCCAGCACAGGAACCAGGAAGAGAAGUUUGAAUGCAACACGCGUCCUAUUUUUUGUUUUGGGCAACAAUUCUGAUGCGAGUUUUAUAAUGAGGAUUACUUUUAAGUGAUCGGCAAUGUCUGAUAAGGGUCCUGUAUUAACGUCAGGAAUCAUUUUUUACCUAUCGAUCGGGGCAGCAAUAUUUCAAAUACUUGAAGAACCCAAUUGGAAACUGGCCAAAUCCGAAUAUUCCCGUCAAAAGGAAAACAUUCUUAAAACAUAUCCGUGCUUGACUAAAGAAGAUCUGAACUAUAUUUUGGGGGUGGUGUCAGACGCUGCUGGACAAGGUGUGACCAUCACUGGAGAGAAUACCUACAACAACUGGGACUGGACCAAUUCGGUUGUCUUUGCUGCCACUAUUGUCACUACCAUAGGUUAUGGGAAUGUUGCCCCAAAGACGGCUGGUGGCCGUAUAUUCUGCAUCCUGUAUGGCCUGUGUGGGAUCCCUCUCUGCCUCACCUGGAUUAGUGAGCUGGGCUCGUUCUUCGGAGACAGAGCCAAGCGCCUGGGACAGGUCCUGGUACUCAAAGGCCUUAGUGUGAAAAAGGUCCAGUUGAUCUGCACGGCCAUCUUCCUCCUGUGGGGUCUGCUGGUACACCUGGUGAUCCCCCCGUUUGUGUUCAUGUCCCUGGAGGGAUGGUCGUACCUGGAGGGCUUCUACUUCUCCUUCAUCACCCUCACCACUGUCGGCUUCGGGGACUACGUCGCAGGUAUCAAUCCAAACAUAGACUACCCAAGGCUGUACCGGGUGUUUGCAGAGGUGUGGAUCUACAUGGGUCUGGCCUGGCUGUCUCUGUUCUUCAGCUGGAACGUCCACAUGGUUGUGUCGGCUCACAAGGUCCUGAAGAAGAGAAGGCAGAGACACAGGAUGGACCACCUGGACCAUCGAUGGCAGCUCGAGAAGGACGACAUCCGCAGCCCUCGCCGCCUCCCCACCGCCGUCGACAUCUUCAACUUCCUGUCUGAGAAGCAUGAGGACUACAGCACCGCCAUCAGGCAGAUUGGCGCUGCCGCGAAGCCGAAGCCAAAGACGGAAUUCAAGGAGUUGAGUCGUUCAAAGAGCUGUAGUGACAUCCUGGGGACGAAUAUCCAAACCCUGGAGCAUUCCCCACGCCGCCUGAGGCGCCACCUUAGCAUCAGUCACAAUAUGUUACUAAGCAGCUUUGGGAUGGGAGAGGAGGGGCAGAGGCUUAUCGAGGAUGACCCUGUCUUUAUGAAAGACCCUGUGUUUGAGGAGAACUGUCUGGAUAGGGACACUAGAGCGAAGGCUGUUUAUGUGUCCAACUCAAAAGAGAACCUAAACCCCGCCGAUCUAGGUCCGAACAUCAACAAAGAGGAGAAUGUUCAGAAUCAAGAUGGUGGAGAGAAUAGGUUUACUGUAUCAAAGGUAGUGGAGGGGGAUUCGGGAGAGGAGAAUGAUGAGAAAGGCUGAAGCCUGGGAUCCAUCCUCUUCAUGGAGAACUGAAUGAUGUCAUCAAAAGGGGACUAUCUCGCUCUCAUAGAAGUUUGGUUGGUGCAGAAAACCUGUGAAUUCAGAUAAAGUAAAUGGUAUGAUGGGUCUGUGAUGGGUCCGCAGAGCAUCACAACUUUUUAUUUAUUGUACCCAUCACACCUUUUAAUUUAUCACCCCAUCACACCUUUUAAUUUAUCACCCCAUCACACCUUUUAAUUUAUCACCCCAUCACACCUUUUAAUUUAUCACCCCAUCACACCUUUUAAUUUAUCACCCCAUCACACCUUUUUAUUUAUCACCCCAUCACACCUUUUAAUUUAUCACCCCAUCACACCUUUUUAUUUAUCA